UUCGUGCUGGCUGGCUGGCAGGCUGCCUGGCCGGCCCUCGUCGUCUGCUCGCUCGCAACCAGUUAGUUCGUGUUCGAACGUACUAAGAGGUGCACACAUCUGUAGUCUGGAGUGUGCCGUCGCCUGUCGUAAUAUUCCCGUUUUGUCGUCUGCCUCGUUUGUGUUUCGUGUGCCGUGUCACAGAGGCCUGAGUUAGAGCCGUUGCCGUCGCCGUGUUGCCUGGUGGGCCCGAAGAACCCUUGAGUUUAGUUGCCACAAUAAAGAUUCCAUUCCGGUAAUCCUAAUGCCGAAUCUGGCUAAUCGGUCGGUGGGUUUUGGUGAUUGUGACUGUGAACAGAGCCAGUGCGGGCGCUAAACGGAGAACAGAGAACUGUGUGAGGAGACAGUCUCCUGCCACAUUGCAGUGUCAGGAGUGGACGAUUGAUGCUGCAGCACACACAAACACACACCUGAGAGAUACAACUUUAAGAGAGAGAGAGAAGGAGCUAGAGAGAUUACUUUGCAACACCUACGAGCAAGUCAAUCAGUGGAAAUGGCUGCCUACACACAAUUUGGAUACGGAGGCUUCCCGUCGGGCGCUCAGCUACUGCCGCCAAAUGCACAGGCCGCUGAGGACACUUCCCCGAAUGUGAACGAUGCAUCGCUGGUGAUGACAAACGCACCGACGAUGAGCCCAACGGGAGGUGCGGCGGACUGCCAAACGAAUCAGCAGGCAACGGGCAGUGGUGAUGCCUCAUCGGGUGCCCUCAGUCCCAAUGCUCUUUCGCAGAACUCAAAUGCUGCCGCAGGAUCGGUGGUUGGCGGGGCAGCUGGCGGUGGCGGUGGCGGUGGAGCCGCUGACCUGGCCACCGGGGGCUCCCUGGACGGCAAUGGUGUGGGCACGACGCCCACAACGGGAAGCUCAUGCUGCGAGAACGGUCGACCCAUAAUGACCGAUCCCGUCUCGGGGCAGACCGUCUGCUCCUGCCAGUACGAUUCUGCACGUCUCGCCCUCUCCAGCUACUCCCGCCUGCCGGCGGCCAGUGUUGGGGUCUACGGCACGCCCUAUCCAUCGACGGAUCAGAACCCCUACCAGAGCAUCGGAGUGGACAGCUCCGCCUUCUAUUCACCGCUGAGCAAUCCGUAUGGACUGAAGGAGACGGGCUCUGGUGCGGAGAUGGGCGCCUGGACAUCGGCAGGACUGCAGCCCACAACGGGAUACUAUUCCUACGAUCCAAUGUCAGCAUACGGCUAUGGGGCGAGCUAUGAUCUGGCAGCUCGUCGCAAAAAUGCCACCCGCGAGUCCACGGCCACGUUGAAGGCCUGGCUGAAUGAGCACAAGAAGAACCCUUAUCCGACGAAGGGAGAGAAGAUUAUGCUGGCCAUUAUCACCAAGAUGACGCUGACGCAGGUGUCCACGUGGUUCGCCAAUGCCCGACGGCGCUUGAAGAAGGAGAACAAAAUGACGUGGGAGCCGAAGAAUCGCACCGAUGAUGAUGACGAUGCCAUGGUGUCGGACGAUGAGAAGGACAAGGAGGAUCUGGAGCCCAUCAAGGGAUCCCAAAGUGCAAGUUUGGCCAAAGAUGUGACCAAAGAGGAGGAGGAUGCCAUCGAUGAGGAUCAAAAGUGCAUUGGCCAGGCGAACAUCCUACGCGCUGGCUUUGGCUAUCCCUCGGCUGGUCCGGGCUACCAUGGUGGUGCUGGUGGUUCUGGUGGUGGCCAUCCGGCUGGCUACCAUCCGUACCAUCAUCAGCAUCCUGCCUACUAUCAGCCACAGCAGGGCAUGCUGGGCACAGCCUUCCACGGCGGAGACGUGGCCAACAAGCAGACGGAACACAGUGAUCCAAAAAACCAAUUAGGCCGGGACUGUGGCGUGCCGAUUCCAGCCACCAAGCCCAAAAUUUGGAGUUUGGCCGACACAGUUGGCUGCAAGACCCCACCGCCGGCAUAUAUGGGAGGUCAGGUGCUGCCACAGGGGAUGCCGCAACAGCAGCAGCAGCAGCAGCAGCAGCAGCAGCAUAUGCAUCAGCAGUUGCAUCCUCCGGGACAAGCGCCGCGUGCACAUCAGCCGCAAGAGCAACAGACACUGCCGAUGGGGAACACUCAUCAUCAUCAUCUGUUCAACGGAGCACCCUACUUACGGCCGCAUACCACGGCCUACGGGGGUUUUCUAGGGGCUACGACGCAACAGCUCCAUACUACGAACAGUGCCCCACCGUACAACAGCAAUACGCAGCAGCAACAGCAGCAGCAGCAGCAGCAGCCCAGCCAGCAGCGGAGCAGCAGCACACACAGUUCCAGCGGCACACAUACGCCUACCAUCCAUACUACGGGAAGUUCGAACGGAGCUAUGGGCAUCCUGCCUCAGGCGGGAGCAUCAGCUCCAACCCAACAGCAGCAGCCGCUGCAGUUCACGGCCCAUCGCCAGGGGGGACAGCAGCAUCCGCAGCAGCAGCUGCACUCGCUGCAAUCUCAGUCAAUAGUGAAUCCGCGGGCGAUGGGGUUUCUCGAAGCCCAACCCGAUACUCCACCCCAAACUCCGCCGAAUAUGAAAGUGUUGAGCGGAGCUUUGAGUCUCCUUCCUACCGCUUCUCAAGCCCCUAUGACCGCUACUUGUCGCAGUAGCAGCAACAACAGUAAUAACGGUAACAACAGUAAUAACGGUAACCAUGCCUUCAAUUUUGGCUCCAACUAUCCGAUGAAUUUCUCGGCACGUCUCGGUGAGUACUCCCCCAGAGAUGAGUACAGCAGCGGGAGCAGCAGCAGCAGCUCAUCCUCGCCGCAGCUGCAACGCCAAGAGGCGGCCAUGUUCAAGCCGUUGCUCUUCAAGAAGUAUACCAACCACUAAAGCAACCACUAAACACCUACUACAACGGUAAAUCUAUGAACUAUUUGACUAACUGUCUGAGGAGAUUCCACUCAUGCUACCAGAGGGGUGCUCCAGUCAGAUUUAAUAUACAACUGGCCGACGGGUUCGUGCAAAAAAUAUAAUGAAUUGUGUGUAAUAUUUAAUAUUAAUAUUAAAAAAAAAUAUCUAUAUAUCACAUUAGUUUGUAUUUAUCGUAAAAAAUAACUUCAAGUUUCAUUAAAGUUAUAAAUGAAUUAACUCUUAAUGCGUAUCUAGAGUAUUCGGAUCAAAUGUUUCUCUUCAAAACUGCAAUUUAAGCUAAGUAAAAAGAAAACAAAACAAA